AUGUUUACUAAACUUGAACCGCAUACAAUAGAUUUAGGUACAUUAGAAGAAAUCAGAGAUCCUAACUAUAUCAAUCGAUAUCCUCCUUUAUAUAAAAGAAAACCUCACUUAAUAUCAUUAAUUAAACGCCGAAAUCAAUCUCUUGAUUCAAAUCUGGAUAAUGACAUUGCAAUUGGUUUACUGGAAAAAUAUCCAACAUCUAGAAGUUUAACUCCAAUUCCUUUCCUAUUACAUACUGCUUCUGAAAGUUUUCAUGACGAAAUUAUUGAAGGGAAGAAAACAGCUUCUAAACAAACCAUAGAAAUACCAAAAAGAAGAAAUAUAAUAAGAAAUCUAUUAAAGAAGUUUACAAUUAGGAAAGUGAAACAAGUUCCAAUUAAACCUAUAAUCAGGAGAUUAUCAACAGAUCCUAUUCCAGGCUCCUCAACAUCUUCUAUUAUUGAUAUGAGAUCAAUAUAUCCUACUAUUUCCAUCAUAUCUGAAACUUCAUCUCAAUAUUUAGAUACUUUGUAUCCAACCAGAAGAUCAACAAUAAAGAUUAAACAAGAUUCUCCAAAUUCAAAAUUAAAGACAAGAUUUCAUAUAGAACUGAGAAGUGUAAAUAGUAAACUGAAAUUGACUAAAAGAAAAAUGUUACCACCUUUAUCACCUACAGCCAUGAUGAUUCAAGCAACAAGUGCUACUACAAAUUCUGUAUCUCCAAUAAACAGUAUAAUAAUCCCGCCCGUUCAUGCAGAAUUCAGAACUAAUGACAAUCCUUUAGAAUAUGCCAACUCUAUUAUACAUCCAAAUUUGAAUGCCAGUGAUUACAUUAUUAUGGAAGAUAAUGAUCAAGUUUCAAUUGCUUCACAUUCUCCCAUGCACAUUAAUAGUCCUAGAGUACAAUCUUCUUUAAAGAAUAGAGUACUUGAGCCUGAGGAAAUACCAUUUUCUCAUUAUGAUUUACAUAAUCUAUAUAGUGGAGGAUUACUGCCACGAGUUGGAAGUCAACAUAACGCAAUUGAUCAACAACUAUUUUCAGCUCAUGAGCAACUGGAAGGCAGCGAUAACGAUGACAUCGAAAGCUAUUACUCCUUUGUUAAAUCACCUAGUAAUUUAAUUCAGGUAAGUCCCAAAUCUCCUAAUUCUUUAUUUGGAAACUUACACUUUCGCAGGAGUUAGAAAUUUUGCAUCAUAGACGAACAAUCGCAGUGAAAAAAAAAAUUAUACAAAGAAGUAAAUAU